UGCUGGGCCUAUAAAUUGGGACCACUCCGACUCAACAUCACUUGACCUGAAGCCACCAGACAGCCUCAGCAUCUCCAGCCACAGCAUCUCAACCAUAGACUUAACCAUGAGCAGGAACUACAUGUCCAAGUACGAUGAGCUCCGCAAGGGAGACCAUCUCUGGUCCAACAACCACGAAUGGAAGGCUGUUUUCCAGGAGGACGGCAACUUUGUGAUCUACGGCUGGAGGCAGAUGUGGUCGUCUGACACCUCCGGCCAGAGGGAGGCCCACCGCCUCUGCAUGCAGGACGACUGCAACUUGGUCAUGUACAAGCGUGGCGACAACAAGAUGAUGUGGCAGACCAAGAGCCAGGCGUCUGGCGGCUUCAAGAUGUGCCGCAUGUACCUGCGCAACGACGGCAACCUGGUGAUUGAGAGGGAUGGGGAGGAGGUGUGGAACUCCUCCCAGUCCAAGGGUUUCAAGCAAUAGUAUAGACGUCAGUGGUUUCAAGUGAGAAGGGUGCCCUCGGUUGCAGGGUAUUGGCACAAAUAACGUUGCACUUUUUUUGCAGUCAGAUGCAAAGCCUGUUGAAUCAUAUUCAAUAAAAAUCACAUUGCAGACAA